GCCGGUCCGAUGGCAUUUCGGCUCCUCCUCGCCGUGGCCGUUGGCGCGCUUGCAUUGGAUUUGGCGGCAGCGCUCGGGGUGAACUACGGGCAGGUCGCGGACAACCUGCCGUCGCCGCAGGACGCGGCGGUGCUCCUCCGCGCGCUGAAAGCCACGAAGGUCAAGCUGUACGACGCGGACGCGCGUGUGCUCAGCGCGUUCGCCGGCUCCGGCGUCGAUUUCACCGUGGGGGUCCCGGACAACCUCGUCCCUCGGCUGGCAUCCAACCCUUCCGCCGCAGCAGCCUGGGUCCGCGCCAACAUCCUCCCGCACCUCCCGGGGACGUCCAUCACCACCGUCACCGUGGGCAACGAGGUGCUCACCGGCACCGACACCACCAUGCUCCGCUCUCUACUCCCGGCCAUGGAGUCACUCCACGCAGCGCUCGCCGCGUGCAACAUCACCUCCCACAUCGCCGUCACCACCGCGCACUCCCUCGCCGUGCUCUCCUCCUCAUUCCCGCCCUCCUCCGGCGCGUUCCGGCACGACCUCCUGCCCUACAUCACGCCGCUCCUCGCCUUCCUCGCGAAGACCAACUCUCCGUUUUUUAUCAACGCGUACCCCUACUUCGCUUACAAGGCCGACUCAGGCAGCGUGGAUCUCGACUACGUGCUGUUCCAGUCCAACGCCGGCGUUCUCGACGCGGCCACGGGGCUGCGGUACGGCAACAUGCUGCACGCGCAGGUGGACGCCGUGCGGACGGCGAUAUGCGCCGCCGACUACGGGAUGGCGGUGGAGAUACAGGUGUCCGAGACCGGGUGGCCGUCGCAGGGCGACGACGACGAGGCCGGGGCCUCGCCGCAGAACGCGGCGAGGUACAACGGGAACCUGAUGAGGCUUGCGGCGCAGGGCAAGGGCACGCCGGGCGCACCAGGGGAGCCGUUGCAGGUGUACGUCUUCGCGCUGUUCAACGAGAACCAGAAGCCCGGCCCGGCGUCCGAGCGGCAUUACGGGCUGUUCAAGCCGGACGGCACGCCGGCGUACGACGUCGGCGUCAAGGCGCCCACGAUCGGUGGCUGGAAGGGUAGCGGCAACGACAAUGGCAACGGCGCCAACAACGGCACGGGUGGUGGCGCCGGGCUGGUCGUUGCGGAUGGGCCCGGCGAGACGGGCGGCGGUGUUGGCCCGGGCACUGGAUACUACACCAUUUCUUCUGCCACGCUCAAGGUGAAACGGUGGCGGUGCACCGGAAGCUCACCGCUGAUGGCCGUCAUAUUCCUCAUGGUGUACGGUCUCUGUUGGUCAUGACGAUCUCGAGGCUGCACGUAGAUGCAUAGUAUUGCAGAUUGCACACAGGCUAUUGAUUCAUUCAUCAUUGUUUUU